AUGUACAUAGUCUCCGUAAUGUCCAAACAUAUUCUCCUCCGCCGCUGCCGACCACAUCUCUUCUCCAGCUUCAGACGCGUGCAGCGCGCACACCCCACGCCAUCUUUCACUUCCUCGUCAUGUGUUCGAGAGCAUGAUGUGACGCAUGACUACGAGAAACGCGUAGCUCAACUACAGGCAAACAGACCGCUGGCAGAAUGCUACCCGAGACUGUCGGAAGAGGUGGCAUGGAGACGUGUAGAUAGGACAAGUCUUGACAAUCAAUAUGGGCAUCUUAAGCCAGAUGAGACAUACUCCGAUGCAUUGGAUCCCUUAGUCGGAAGAGUUCAGUCAGUCAGAACUGCUGGCUCGAAGCUUGUCUUCAUCGACAUCAACACGUUCUCCGGCAAUAUCCAAGCCGUCUGCCAGUUCAGCAAGCUCCAGCAGGAAGACAGCAACAUAACCAUAGAGAGCUUCAAGGCUUUUGGUAAGCUCAUCAGGAAAGGCGACUUUUGGUCUGUAGUAGGGCAUGCGCACAGGACUGCCCGCGGUGAGCUAUCAGUGCGGGCCACGGAACUACCCACUCUAUUAUCGCCUUCGCUGCACCAGAUUCCCGAAGCGCUGGAGGAUCCCGAAGCACGAGCACGAGCUCGCCAUGUCGACAUGUUGGUCAAUGCGGAAGCCAUACAAACACUGCAAGUCCGGCAUCAUGUCGAGGCAACGAUGCAGCAGUUCUUCAACGAGCGGGGCUUCACCAAAGUCACUACACCUCUACUUGGCGCCGGUGCAGGUGGAGCUGCUGCACGACCUUUCGAGACAGAGGCCACCGAGCUGGCUGGCGAAAAGCUGAACUUGCGCAUUGCGCCCGAGCUAUGGCUGAAGCGUCUUGUAGUCGGCGGUAUGGAUCGCGUAUACGAGAUGGGGCCUGCUUUCCGCAACGAAGGUGUAGAUGCCACGCACAACCCGGAGUUCAAUAUCUGCGAGUUUUACCAGGCCUAUGCCACGCUGGAGACACUAACGCUACGCACAGAAGAGCUGAUCCAUAGCCUCAAAGGGCAGAUGCAGGCGCUACGUGAGGAAGGUAUCUUCAAGGACCUGCCAGAUAUUGACCCGAUCCUGGAGAAGGACUUCGCUAUGAUCGAGUUCAUUCCUGCCCUGGAAGAGAAGUUGGAGGUCAAGCUGCCAGCUCUCCAGUCGGCAGAUGCAUACGACCAGGUGUUGGAACUGUUCAAGCGCCACAACAUAGCAGUACCAUCCAACCCGACAUUGGCACGGCUCCUUGACGCCUUCUCCGCCCACUACCUCGAACCGAAUUCCUUCGACCAACCAAUCUUCAUCACAAAUCACCCUGCAUGUAUGUCACCGCUAAGCAAACACUUCACCUGCGAAAAGACAGGCCAGAUUGUCGCCGCUCGCGCCGAGCUCUUCAUCAAUGGCAGAGAAUACGCCAACAUGUAUGAGGAGGAGAACAGUCCUAUCGAGCAGAGGAGGAAGUUCGAAGAGCAGCUGAAGCAGCGAGAGACAAAUAAGGAAGCGAUGGAGCUCGAUGAGAGCUACCUAAAGGCGCUCGAGUGGGGAUUGCCGCCCACAGGUGGGUGGGGAUGUGGUGUGGAUAGGCUGGUCAUGCUGUUCAGUGGACGAGAGAGGAUUAGUGAUGUGCUGGCAUUCGGGAGUUUGAGGAACGUGGUGGGAUUGGGGAGUGGGCGGCGUGGAUGA